AGGUCUGAUAUCAUCAUAUCAUUGUGUAGUCACUGUGGUGGAAAGACAUCAAAUAGUAUGAUGGUUUUGAUUCAUGCACAUGUGAUUUUGCAAGGCGUACCUAGUAGUUUUUAGAUCCAGGAAGGCCUCAACAUGUGCUGAAUGCUUCCAAGUCCUAAGUAGCCUCGAGGUGGAUUACACAAUACAAUCAAUUCGCUCUCCUUCUAUCAACACACGGAAGCUGCCUAUUGGCUUACAGCCACACUUACGCAAUGAUCUUAACUGUGCCUCUUUCCUUCAAAUGUUCUUUGCCUUUUUGACUUGCUUCGAAGUUAAGAGGGCACUUUCCUCGUCUACUGAACCUUAACUUAUAGUCAAACGAGGACGAAGCGGUAGAGCGAGCCUUCUUCUUCAAGGUUGCGCUCAUCCAUUGCAACCGCCUAACCAUUCAUCUUCUUUUUUAUUUAUUCAUUCUUCUCUUCUUCUCUUUCUUCCUUCAUUCUCUCUUCAUUCUCUCUUCAUUCUCUUCUUUUCUUAUCCAUCACAUUACAGAUAUCCUUUUACCUCUUCUACUACCCAUAUUUGAUAUUUAUUUCCCUACCUUUCUUUUGUUUCUUUGCAUGUAAUUGAGAACAUUACAUCCGAAAUUUGUAGGUUACAUAUACGAUACCUAGUACCGGCAGUCCACAAGUACAUACCUAUUGAUCUUCUUUUCUGUCGGCUUACAGCAUUCGAAAAAGAUGCCUGUUCCCGUUUUUGCCAAGGCCGGCGUAAUCGCCCUAUCCGUCGCAGUUGUAGCCGCCGUAGCGGUCUACGAAUCACCCGAGGUGCGGCGCUUUGCUGCUAAUCUUCGACGGCGAAUCGCCAUCGCACUUCAUCUCCUCGGCGAUAAUAUCAGCCCUGCCGAACGACAGAACCUCUUUAACAGGCCCGAAGAUGCCGCAGGAUUCUUUGAAUCCCGAGGGAUAAACCUCGACGACGUGGCCGGUGUUGACGCUGAUGAUGAGACUCGCCGACGACAACGAGAAGAGUUGAUGUACUGGAAUGCCCUACGUGAGGAGAAGGAGAAGGGAACAGAAAACGAGAAGAGGGGCGUCUCGCCACCAGGGAAACCGAGACGUGGCUCGAGCUUCGAUGACUUCCUCCGACAAGAUAACAGCGCUGAAAAGGGCACCUAUGUCUUUCAAACCGGUUCAGAGGCUCAAAACACCGAAGGCUUGGUUCGACGCCGAGGAGAAGGAGCUCGUGGCCUAACCCAAUCUGUCUACACGAACCCGUUUACCGAUGAACACGGAAUUGACGAGCACAUCGUGUUCGAGAACAGCUUGAUGGACCCUGAGAAGGAUGAGUUCGGUUCCGAUAUCUACAGUGCCAGCACCCAGUUUGAUAACAAGCCCGAACUAUCUCGUACCGUUACCUUGUCACCUGAACCUGCUGUCGCUAUCCCUCAAAUAGCCAACGUUGAUGAUCAAACGCCCACUACCCCGAUCGCAGCCGACGUUCAAGCUUCCGAACGGGAAUUAGGCCACGAUGAAUUUAUGACUGCCGGGCAAGAUGACCGCCAAGAUGCCUACAGCUCCAUCCAGGCCUGGGCACAUGAUGCAUCAACUGCUAGCUUCUAUUCGCCUCUACCAGUAUCACCAGCUUCUGUGUCAUCCGAGCCCGAGCUUAUUAGCGACGGGAUUUUGACACCAACAGACUCCGCUUCGCUAGCGGGCUCUGGCGAGGAUAUUGGCGAGGCCGCAUCUGCAAGAUCAUGGACAGAUGGUCGACCUUUUGACGUCAUGAGUGAUGAUGAGGGCAUGAUGACCCCCGCAAGCUGGACUGAGGUUGGAAGCGUAGUAAGCGAAAGUGACACUGGCGUAGCACACCAAUAGAUAGAAGUCUUCUCUCAAUUUUUUUUUUUCAUUUAUGAUACCGCAGGUUUGCAGUAGCAAGGCGUCUUUGGAUAAAGGAUUUAGGGUUCAGUACGGUCACAGGUUAAGCAUGGAGAGAAUCUCUUGGGCAUCCGUGAUCCCCAAACAUCGACCUAUUUUGUUUUGGAACUUUUUUUUUCUUAAGGUAGAAUUCAUUUGUCUCGAAAAUAUAAUA